CCUCCUCUCACCAUUUUCCAUUUCGCAAUUCGCAUCAAAAUUCAAAUUAAACUCGAGAAUCGAGAUCAAGCAAGCAGUGAUGGGCAACUGCCUCGAGAGAUCGCUCGGCGGCGGUGGUGGCGGCGCGCAUUGCGACGCCGGGAAGAAGAAGCGCGCGGUGUUGGUGGAGGAGGAAUUGGCCGCGGCGGCGGUGGAGGAGGAGGAGGAGGUGCGGAAGCAGGGCGGCGAGAAGGUGACGGAGGUGAAGAUCCGGAUCACGAGGAAGCAGCUGGAGGAGCUCCUGCGGCGGCUGGAGGAGGGGAGCGAUGGCGGCGGCGGUGGCGGCGCCGUCGUGUCGGAGCUUCUGUGCAUGACGAGCAGCUGCAACUUCCGGCACAGGCCGGAGCAGUGGAGGCCGUCGCUGCACGUCAUACCAGAGUGAUCGAUCUUGAUCGAUCCAAGCUUAGCUAUCUUCUUCCAUGUUACCAACUGAUCAUAUAUAUGCUGGUUUGAUCAUGCAGUGUCAUCAUGAUGAUUAGUUUGGUGGUAAUUACUUUAAUCAUAAUCACCUCUUGUUUGCGUUGAUAUGUCUAGUAGUUUAUAUCAUGGUGUGUAGGGUGUACAUUUGGUAGGUUUGAGAAGGCAUGAACUUGAGCUAGGCAGGCUUAGCUAGCUACAUAUGGAGUAGUAGGCUAUCGUAAAUGAGUAGAUAAUACUAGUACUAUAUAUUGGUAUUUAGUAGUAAAUGAGUGAGAUGUGUAAUUGUGUAAAGACAUAUGUAGUAGUGUAUGUGAAUUAUUUGGCAUUGGAUGGGGAUUCUUCCAUUGAUGACCAUCGAUUUUUCUUCCUGACAUUGGGUUUGUUCAAUACAGCUGUAAUAUGAUGAGCAACAUACUAGUUAACAGAGUAGUGUUUGUUA